AUGUCUACCAAACAAAUCAAUAACGAUAAUAGUUUUUGGUACGAACCUUUCAUUGACAAUGGAAUUAUUCCCGAUUUCAUUUUACGAGCAGCAAUUCGUCAUAUUCUUCGCGGAAGAGCAUAUGAACUUGAAGGUAAUGAAUUUACGGAAAAGCAUAUCAAUAAAAUGCUUUAUAUAGAGAAACUUAAGGAGAGACCGAUCGCUGAAGAGCAGGACGCUGCUAAUAAACAGCAUUAUGAGGUUUCGACUGGAUUUAUGAAACUGUCUCUUGGAAAACGCAUGAAAUAUUCUUGUGCUCUUUUUCCCACAGGCAAAGAGACGCUCGACCAGGCUGAAGAUUUAAUGCUCGAAUCUUAUUGUGAAAAAGCUCAAGUUAAAGACGGAAUGAAGAUUCUUGAUCUAGGUUGUGGCUGGGGAAGUUUAUGCUUAUAUAUUUGUGAGAAAUAUCCAAAUGCCAAAGUGACUGCACUUUCGAAUUCAUACACACAACGAAAGCAUAUUCAAAGUCUCGCAGAUGAGCGAGGAUACAAGAACUUGACUGUAACUACUGCCGAUGUAAAAGAAUUUGACUUCGAAGAAGAAUCAAGAUUUGAUCGCAUAAUUUCAAUCGAAAUGUUUGAACACAUGAAGAAUUACGAACAUCUAUUGCAUAAAAUAUCGACUUGGUUGACGUCGAAUGGACUUUUAUUUCUGCAUACGUUUGCUCAUAAAUCUCAACCAUAUGAUUUUGUAGAGGAUGAUAGCUGGAUGACGCGAUAUUUCUUUACGGGCGGAACCAUGCCCUCGUCCGAUUUAUUUCUCCAUUUUCAAAAUGAUCUGACAUUAGUGAAUAAAUGGCUCGUCAAUGGGAAACAUUACGCAAAAACGAGCGAAGAAUGGCUAAAAUUAGUAGAUAAAAACAAAAAAGACGGAUUUCCGUAUCUCGUGGAAACUUAUGGACGGGAAAAUGCAGAAGCUUGGUUUAAUCGUUGGCGUACAUUCUAUAUUUCUGUCGCAGAAUUUUUCGGAAUGAAUGAUGCAGGAACUAUUCUAGGCCACAAAGGAAUCGGCAUUGUCGAAGAAGUCGAUAAGGUUAAACCUGGUGAACGUGUCGUAAUCUCUUGUUUUGUUGUGCCCAUUGGAUUAUUGGUAAUCUCGUUUGCGAAAGAUCGUGGAGUGAACCAUAUGUUGCGUCUUGCAAUCGCUUGCCGAGACGAUAAACUUCAUCGAAGAGAAAGACGUCAUCGGAAAGAUCAAGUCGCAUGUGCCUAG